AUGGAAAAAGAACACGCGCCCCCUCCCGGGGGUAGUAAUGUUGACCUCGAUAUGGUCAAGGUCCGAUCUAAUCUUGAUCCUCGGGAUGUGGGCUUGGGCCAGGUUUUGGAGACGCAUACCACUCCUGAGAUGGAACGGAAAGUUCUCUGGAAACUUGAUCUCUAUCUGAUUCCCCUGAUGGGAUUCUGUUACAUGCUUCAAUAUAUGGAUAAGCUGGCCCUUAGCCAAGCUACAUUAUUCAAUUUGACACAAGACCUGCAUCUCAAGGGCAAAGAAUACAACUGGGCGUCGGCAGUCUUCUAUUUUGGAUAUUUCACCUGGAGUUGGCCGAGUUCCUACCUCGUUGUUCGUCUGCCUCUCGGAAAAUAUUUGAGUAUCGCGGUCUUCCUCUGGGGUGGUAUUCUUAUGUGCCAUGCUGCAUGCACCUCUUUUAGCGGCCUGAUGGCAGCGCGAUUCUUCCUCGGAGUGGGAGAGGCUUCGAUUGCCCCCGGCUUUGCCCUGAUCACUGGAAUGUUUUAUAAGAGAGAGGAGCAGCCUGCUCGUCAGGCAGCCUGGUUCGUUGGAAACUCCAUCGCAUCAGUGAUUGGUGGCCUGGUUGCGUAUGGAAUCGGUCUGAUCCAUAACAACUCUGUGACCAGCUGGCAGCUACUUUUCUUGGUUCUGGGCGCUAUCACCUCUGGCUAUGGAUUGAUUCUUUUUGUCUUCCUUCCCGAUUCGCCGGUCAAGGUUAUGUUCUUGAACAAGACGGAGAAAUCCGUUGCGGUUCAGCGCACCCUUACAAACAAGACCGGUGUGAUGGACACGGGUAAAUUCAGGUGGAGUCAAGUCAUGAUGGCCAUCAAGGAUCCUCAGACCUGGUUCCUAGUCCUUUACACUCUGUGUGUCAACUUCUGCAAUGGAGGUAUCACCAGUUUCUCGUCGAUCAUCAUCGCUGGAUUUGGUUUCUCCAACCUUAAGGCUCUUCUGAUCCAGAUGCCUCUCGGUGCUGCUCAGCUUGUUUUCCUGCUUUUGACUUCUGGCUUUGCGACCUAUGUUAAACAAAGCCGAAUCUUCAUGAUGAUGUUGAAUGCAUUCGUCUCGGUGAUUGGAAUGAUCCUCAUUUGGAAGCUUGACAGUCACAACCGUGCGGGUAGGAUGACUGGUCUUUGCUUGGGUGCAGUCUUUGCCGCCAACAUUCCCCUCUCGCUGAGUCUCAUCAGUUCGAACGUUGCCGGAUUUACCAAGAAGAGUACCGUCAGUGCCUUAAUGUUUGUGGCUUACUGUAUUGGUAACAUUGUGGGCCCCCAAUUCUUCAUUCCUUCGGAGAAGCCCGGCUAUCCUACUGGUAUCAAGGCCGCCAUGUCUGGUCUGGUCCUUGGAAUCUUCUUUUUGAUUUGUCUCUACGUAUAUUACGUAUGGGAGAACCGUCGCCGGGACCAGCUGUAUGGAUCGCCACGGGAAUUGACCGAGGCUGAGGAAUUACAGGAAGAGCUGUCCAACAAGACAGAUGGAGAGAUAGAAAGCUUCCGAUACGUGUUGUAA